AUGGCCUCCAACCCACAGUCUUUCAAGAAGGUCUUAGACUCGACAGCACUUGCAGCCACGAGAUUCAUCCGCCGGCCACCCAUUGAUCCCACGAUUCCAAUUCAAGGGAGGCCCCGCGAAACUAGCUCCAAUGCAUACAAGAACUACCAGGAUAAGGAGGGAAGGCGGUUACAGAAGGCCUUGAACUCGCUCACCCACGGCAAGAACAUCUUUGUGUACCAGAAUGUCCGCACGAAACAGGUCGUGUACUCUCUGACCCGCUAUCUCGAGAAAAACAAUCUCCUCAAGCAAAUGGUCAACCAUGGCAAGAAGACUAUUCCCGCGACACUCCGCAAAGAUCUGUGGGCUCCGUACUAUUCCGUGCAUUUCGUUGAACCGGAAGUCGGUCUGGACGUCUACAACCACCUCCGCCAAUUCGCACUGCUCCGCCAGCUGUCACCACCGGAAGAAAUGAUCACCGUGACAAAAGAAUUCCUCGAUUCGCGGCGGCCGACGGAUAUCCGGGACCAGAAGGAAUGGGAUAAGCAGAACAUGGGGAGGGUUGGCCAGAUCAUGAAGAAGAAAGAGCGCGCCCAAGCCUUGAUGGACCAGAAGGCGACCUCAAUUGCCGAUGUUGCGUUUUUGCUGAGCAAGCACGCUGGUAGAAUCCUGAACGGCACACCUGAGCGCGUACUGGCCGCAUACAGGACUCAGAACCGUCGUCGCCGCCAAAAGAUUGCUCGGGAGAAGCUAGCAGGGGCUGCUGAGGAACGCUCGGCCGAGGUUGCGUCGUUAGAGGAGCAGUUGGAUGUUGAGAUCGCUGGAGACAUGAACACACCUCAGGAUGGCCAUGUCAAGAUCUUGUGGCAGGAUGUUUACACUCCGCAGUACGCCAAGCACUGGCCGGGCUUUGUCCAGCACGGUCAAUUGCGUUGGACUCGCAAUCAUGUGAUUGCUCAGGAGGAGGUUCCUGAGUCCGACGAAGUCAUUGCCGAUGGUUCCUUUGAAGAGGCUAAGGACAAGAACUAG